AACCAUUCAAUCCAAAGCGCCGAUUCGCCUCGAAGUCGCCAAGUUUUGGUGUCAUGGUGUUUACGCGAUUUACUUCGAUUCUCGGCGUGAAUUGCUCGGGCUCGCAGUCUAAAAACAUUUCAUAAGUGUCGUGCAAGCGGUGAGCAGCGUGUGAGAAUGUUUUUGGUCGCGCGGGCGUGUCGUAAAAGUGUAAUUUAAGUGAAUCGAAAGUUGUGUUCCGUCAGUUGGUUCGGGGUCGAGUUGAAACGCAAAGGAAAGCUGGAAAAAUGGCGUCCGGCAGCGAAGCCUCCUGUGCGAACGAUCCGAAUUUCGCGAUUGUCUGCUCGUUCUUCGAGAAGUUCUCGUCAAUGCUCAACAUUCAGCAGCCGGACAUUCAGUUGCUGCAGGAAUGGCUGGAAAAUACGGAUGAAGUUGCCCCCGGUCUUCGGGAUCUACACGUCAAACUUCUCCGGAAGAUGCGAAAAACAGUGCAUGAAACCGCAUGGGAGUCUGCCUUGGUAAAGUUCUGCUAUUCAUAUUCAGCACAGGACGCUUGGGAGAUCGAACGUUUUGGUUACAAGAAAUCAAGUCUUAAAGUUAAACUUCGAAUCCUGACGGCCAUCCUUGAAUAUCAGUUCCAGUUGAAUGGCAAAUUCCGUAACAAAUUUUCAAAUUUGAGUGCCGAAGAACUACGUUCUGAACCCAUAGGACGCGACAGACUGGGCCAUUCGUAUUGGCUUACGCAAGAUCCAUCGUGUAAUUUUCGAAUCUACCAGGAGCACUUGGAUGAAGAGAUUUGGCAAGUUGUUGCCUCGAAUCGUUCAGAAAUGGAAACAUUGAUCAGUCGCCUGAAGGGGAACGAAGUUGUUCUUCCGUCUCUGAUCGGUGUCAUUGACGAGGACAGCAGUAGUAAUAGUUGCGGAAAUGCGGUUAUUAAGCCUCCGCCACCUGAAGAGCAAGAUGACAGUCAAUCAUCGUCGAAUUGUAGCAAUAUGAAAGCAAAAGUUCCCAAUAUAAAAAUUAAGUUAGAAACUAGUGUAACAGAAAAGAAUGGUGAAGUACAGAAUGGAAGCAGCAAAGAGACAAAGGAGGAAGACACAGAAGAGGAUGCCGAGGAAGAGAACUCUGACGAAGGGGAGGAAGAAGAAGGUGAAGAGGAAGAGGAGGAAGAAGAUGACGAUGAUGAGGAUGAGGAGGAUGAAGAGGAAGAGAAGCUUCCAGAAACGAAUGGAAAAACACUUCCUGUGGAUGAAGUGAAAAAUGAUAAGCCUGUGGAAGCAGUGAAUGGUACUUCCAAGGUCGAGGUACAAGUCAAUGGGAAGAAAUCCAACGCGCGGAAGAUCAAGCCUCUCGUAAUUAGUCAAUCAAAAAUAUCAGGAAACGAGGAAAAAUCGAAUGGCAAGAAACGUACAUUGGAGAACGCAAAUGGAGAUCCUGAGACUGACGAACCUUCUUUGAAAAAGACCCGACCAACCCUGUUGGAUGAUCGGCAUGGUAAAAAAAGUAAAUACGAAAAAUCGAGCGAGGAGGACGAAGAAGAGGAUGACGACGAAGAGAGUGAAGAAGAGGAGGACGAUGAAGAUGACGGCGAUGGUGGGAGUAAAGAGAAUGAGGCUGACGAUGAUGAAGCUGCGAAUGACGAUGAUGCAGACGCUGAAGAGGAAGAGGCAGAGGAAGAAGAGGAGGCAGAAGAUGACGCCGAGGAUAAUGAAGUAGGAGAAGCAAUCGAAGAGAAGGUACUUAUCGUAAAAGGCGAAGGAAGCGGCAAGGAAUGUGAGUCAUCUUCAACGUUUUUUCUGCGUGACAUAUACUUAGGCUGUGAGGAAAACGACGAGCCAGUCGGGGAAGCAAUAGAGGAAGACGUCAUGUAUUUUUAUGGCGAAGGCAAUGGGAAAGAAUGUGCGGUAGGGAAUUCGCAUGAAGAGAGCAAUAAAAGCGGUUCUGUCCUCUUAGAACGAAGCGUUGAAAUCCAACCAAAGGUAAAAAGUAUUGACCCAAAAGCAACUGUUGUGGCAGACGAGAACAAGAACAAUGAGAGCAAAAGUUGUGCGAUCAAUGGUGAGGUGAGCAUCGAGAAAGAUAGUUCAAAAAAUGUUAACGAUUUGAAUGCGGAUGUAAAGUCAGACGAGGGACUUAAGGAGGAUGGUUUAGAGAUUCAGAAGAAGGAAUUAUCGGAGGAUGAUUCGAAAGAGUGUGCGCUGGAAACGAAUUUAAAUUCUAAAAAUGAAAUUCAAGACACUGCGGAAGAAAAAACGGAGAGUAAAGAUGGCGAAGAAACAGAUGUGCCUGGAAAUGAUACAAAUUCAGAAAAGAUUAGCGAAGAAACUUCGGCAAAAGUUAUAAGCGAGGAAAACACCGAAAAACAACCGGAAACACCUCAAGCAGAAGAAUUAGACCCAGAAGUAAAAGCCGGGGAGGUUUGCAAAUUGUCGGAGGAUAAACCACAGACUGAGAAUGAAGUUCAAGAUGAUUCUAGUAAUGCAGAAUUCAUUACAGCCGAGAAGCUGGAAAGUGUAGGAACUCCGAAAUCGGUGCAAGAACCAACUAAACUUGAAAAAUCGAUGAGUAAUGACAAGAAUUGUGAUACAGCCGCGAAUACAGAAGAGUCUGUUGUUGCUCCAGAGGUUGCCGCGACAAAUUCACGAAAGCGCAGACUAAGUGAGGAGAAAAUUCGCAGUUGUUCAGAAAGCGAAUCGGAUUUGAAUUCGGACAGUGCGGCCCCACCGACUGAAGAAGAUGAGGAUGUCGGUGGCAAACGCCCCAAGAUGCGUUUGAAAGCAGUUAAUAGUGAAGCGCGAAAGAAAAUCGAAAGAACAAGAAAAUCGAAUGAAAGGCAUGAAAGUACCAGCGAAGAAGAGAAUCCUCGCCAGGAUAAUAAUAACGUUGCCAACGGCAGUGCAGAUGAGGUGGACCCCUUGCAAAUAUCCGACGGUGAUGUGCUGGCCGCUGGUGGAGUUGAAAUUGGACCGACAAAGGUCCCUACGCCGGUCUUGAUUCAGACGAGAACAACAAGGCAUACAGCGGCGGGUACUCCUAUCAAGGUGGCGGCUACUAGAGGUCGGGGCAGAAAGCCUGGAAGGAAGCCUAGGAAUUCGAGGAUCCCGGAAAUUCCUUCGUUAGAGCCAGAGCCGCCGAUCGACGAAGCAAUAAAGGAUGAGGAUGCCCCUGCGUUAGAUAAGAUGCCCAAAUUGGAGCCUGAAGCAAACGGAUCAAAACCGGGUUUGAAAGGGACCCCAGGACAACGUAAACCGCGGGGGCAAAAACGAGACAUUGAUGCCAGCAACAUAAUUGAUUCUCAAGCCGACACGCCUGUGCGUCAGUCGCGACGAAUUGCUCAGUUGAAAAUUCGUGAGGAAGCCGAACGAAGGAAACUUGAAGAAGAGGCGCUUAAAAAGAUGAAAGCGGAAUUUAAGAAGAAGAAAAAGGAGGAGAAAUCCUCAAAGGGAAUUCCAGCCCCGACGGAAUCUUCUGAGGACACAGAAGAGUAUAAUAGUGAGGCGGAGGCCGGCAAAAAGUAUGCGUCGAAUAAGAAAAAGACUGGUCGCGUUUGGAAGAAAGACAGAUGGAGUUCGGGACCUGACGAGCCGGAAGAUGAGGAUGAAUAUGAUUUGCCUCACGAUAGAUAUUCGGAACAAGGUUCGCCAUUAUUCAAAUCAGAUCAUGAAUUUUCACCAGAAUCAGACAUUGAAGAUGAAUCUCAAGCGGUGCCUUUGAAACGUGCCCGAACAGCCCGCAAGGAGGGGGCUGAAAGUGAUGGCGAAAAUCUUGAUGAGUCUUGUCAAAAGUGUGGAAAGAAAGAUCAUCCAGAGUGGAUUUUGCUUUGCGAUAAAUGCGACAAGGGUUAUCACUGCUCGUGUUUGAGUCCGGUGUUGUUUAUAAUCCCUGAGGGCGAUUGGUUUUGCCCGCCUUGUCAGCAGGAGCAACUUAUAGUUGCCCUCGAACGACAAAUGUUGGAGUUAGAUAACAUGGUAGAGAAGAAACGUGUCAGAGAGGAGGAAGCCAAAAGAUUAGAAAUUGAACAAAAGCAAAAGGAAGAAGAGGAGCAAGCAAAGGUGCAGCAGAAUGUCGAGGCGGAGAAGGAAGAAAUUUCGAAGGCGAAGAAAAGUAGGGCAGAACGAGCGAAGAGACGUCGUAACCCGAAAGCAAGGAAACGUUUUGUUGUGGACGACGACGAAGAUGAGGAGAGCGACGCGAGUGAUUCGGAUGAUGAAUCGUCAGCAUCGGAAAGUUCCUCGAAUGAGUCUGAAAGCGGAUCUAAAAGCAAUACAAAGUCAUCUGAUAGUGAAGAUGAUGAACCGAUUUACAAGCUGCGUAAGCGCCGCCAAGUGAACGUCAGUUAUCGUCUCAACGAAUACGAAGAUCUCAUAAACUCGGCAAUAAAGGAGGAAAUGGAUGAAGUUGCUGGAGCUGGAAACUUGGGGCGAGGCAAGGACAUCUCUACCAUAAUUGAAGCAGAUAAGGAGGAGAAAUUACGGCAGCGGCAAUUGAACGCAGUGAAGCCAGUUGAAGAGACUGUCGUGGCGAAAGUUGAAACGAAAGAAGAAUCUGUGAGCGGAAAGCAGAUCCAUGAGGAUGUUAAGAAAGAGGAGAUCAAAGAGGAAGAAGAAGAAAAGGUUAUUGCGCCGGUAAAGUCCAAGUCCCGGUCGCUAGCCAAAAAUCUACGUAAGAAGGGUCGCAAACUCAAUAAUCUAGAUAUCAGUUCAGAUGAUGAUGGUUCGGAUGAAGAUUUCAAGACCAGUUCUUAUGAGACCGAAGAAGAUGAGUCCAUCUCGGAGUCAACGGAAAGCGAUAGUAGUUUGGAAGUAUACCGAAAACGGGGCAAGAAGACUAAAAAGAAAGGAAAAAAGGAUAGAAAUCGGCGGCCUCAAAGACGAGCAGCUCGUGAGCGUCGCCGAUUGGAUGAUUUCAUCGUGGAGGAUUCCGAUGUGUCAGACGAGCCGCCAAAACGACGAAAAGGAAAACGGAAGCACAAUUGGGAGCUACAAGACACCGAAUCAGAGGAAGAUUUGUCGGAACAAAUUGACAGUGAAGAGUUAUGCGAUGAUACGACUGAUAGCGAAGACAGCGAUGGUUGUUGGCGGCCAAGUAAGCGUCGUAAGACAAAAUCGAAGGCGGCGAAAGGUAAAUCAAGUGGCGGGCUUGGCGCACGCGGAGGCAAACAGCCUCGGAAGUUCAACAAGAAGGAUCCAGGUGAGCGAUCAUUCAAGUCAAAGGCAAAGUCUAAAGCUAGACGUGACAGUGAUGAUAGCAGCGAAGAUGUUCCUAGAACGCGUGGCAAGCGCUUUACAUAUCUCGACUCGUUCGACGAAGAAAGUUCAGAUGAUGGAAUCAAGCCCGGCGUCAAGCGUCCCGAUACCCCACCCGAAGAGCGCGAAAAGUUCAUUCGAAAACAGGAGGAAAUCAAAAGAAUGUUGGCCGAGAAAAACACUGAAGCGGCGAAAGCAGCUGCAACACCUACCCUGGCUCCUGUGGACUCGUUGUCAACGGUACCCUUAUCGGUAAUUAAGGGAGCCAAAGCUCUGGAUAUUGACUAUUUGCAACGCAAAGGUGAGCUAAACAGCGAAGAUGGUGAUACAGAUUUUGAUGAAGAUCUCCCAGAUGAUUUUGAUCCUGAGGCAAUGGAUGAGGAGGAAAUAGCUAAAAUGAUGGAGGAAGAGGAUUUCGCGCAACAGCAACUCAAAAUUGCUGGUGAUGUUAUUCGCCAGAAGAAAAAAGACAGUGACACAAUCGAACCGAAAAUACACUUGGCUUCUGCUAUUCCCAUUGGCCGAGAGCCGCCUGCAUCACAACUUCAAGAACCACCCCGAAAACGCUUGCCCAUGCCAACAAUUCAUCCACCGUUGGGAAAUGCUCCCAGGUUCCUUCCGCCCGGCGCACGUCUUUCAUACGAGCCUCCAGUCCGACAGCAUUUACCUCCCACUGUUCCACUCUCUAUGCAGUCAGUCAUCCAACAGCGCUCGGGGGGAUCCGGGAUUGGUGGAAUGUCUCCAGCUCCCCCACUCCCGCUCACUAACCCAAAUACAUCGGUUCCGAUGCUUCCUGGAAUAGCGCAAAAUCAAAACGCUGGAAAUGAACCAUUCAAACCGCGCGGAAGACGGAAAAAGAUUACACCCCUACGUGAUACUCUCCAGAAGCAACAAGCCGCAGCUGCUGCGGCCGCGGCGGCAGCUGCAAGUUCCUCUAUUCCAACACCAGUUUCUGGUUCCGCCUCUAGUACGCCAACAACCAAAGAAAUUACUCCGGUAAUAUCUUCGGAAAAACCUGCCGCAGUAGGUCCUACGCGAUUAUCUGUGGCACAACCGCCUCAGCUUUACACGCCACCAGUCAACACACAGCCUUCAGUAAUCACCAGAAUGCCACAGCAACAACCACAGGUGCCGCGGGUUCCGCCUCCCGUACUUGCACAGCAACAACCGCUUAGGCCACCAAGGCCACCUUUCCCUGAACAAAAUUCUCGAUUCUACCCACCCCCUAAUCAGAUUCCACCACAUCGUAUGUCACUCAUACGUCACGGUGCUCCCAUGCCGCAACAUCAUACUUUGGGUCCGUCAUUUGCUGGUGGGCCGCCUCCAUUGCGACCGGCUAGUCCUAGAAUUCCUGCAUCUGUUGCAGGUGGAGUGAAUCGGCCGCCAGCUCCGCGUCCAAUGGCGACGUUCGCUCCCAAUGAAUAUCCUCCGGCAAGAGUCCCGCCUCAUAAUAAUUCUCCGCAUGCCUAUAGGCCUCCACUGUAUGGAACUCCAGGAUAUCCUCCUGCCCCGCCUCAGCAACCACAAACUGCAAUGCAUCCCGCCGCUCCCGAUUAUCCUGCCGUGCCAACAACUUAUGGUCCUACACCUGCCUACGGUGGGCCCUACUAUCCACCUCCGCCAAAUAUCGGUCCGACGCAUUCAACGCCGCCGCCACCUUCAGCGUCUGUGGUCCCAGUAAGUGCAGCUUUAAGUCCAUCAUCAUUACCCGUGACGGCUGCAGCUCCUGCACCACCUGCCCCGGUUACAAGUGUUGCACCUGCUCCAACACCACCUCUGUCGACAGCAGCCCCAGUUACUCCUACCACAGAAACGACAAUAGUGGCACAGUCGCAGCCACAAAGGCCAAAGGCUUCAGUUCUCGAGACAUUUGAUUCCAAAUCGAGAUCACCCAUUUUAGAGCCGGAAGCGAUCCAUAGUCCGUAUUUGAAUUCGGCUGCCCCUGAUGAUAACGACGAGGAGAACGGUGUGUCAAAUCCGCCUGCUGAAACGACGAGCGAGUUCAGCGGUCUGGUCAGUUACUUUAGCUCUCAACACGAUGAUCUUAAUUCAUAACGAAAGAAAUCUGUAAAUUAUGUAUUAAAUUCUUAUUCAAUAAGUUUGUUGUUGUAAGAAGGAGACACGGUUCAUCUGUCCGACUGUUAUUGGCGCGAAAUACUUGACUGGUUAUAUCACUUUAGACUGGUUGCAGAGACUCUGGUCGGUUAGGGCCGCAAAGUUAUCCAAAUCACAUAUACAAGAGGAACUCAGAGAAUCCUCUCAUAAACUUAUCGAAUAUAGACUUUAGAAAUACCAUAGCGAAGUUGCAAGCAGUUUCCGAUCAUAAUAAGUGAAACAAUUCUGAGUACUUUAGCUGACGCUUUGAUUUAGGGGGAGAAGACGAGGAAUCCUUUCGGACGGUUCGCUCCAAAAAGGCGUGGAUUCACUCCUCCACCAGCAGCAUCCAGAUUGCAUGGCUCGUUCAGCAGCAGAUGCAAUACAAAGCGGUGUCGAUUAGGGUAGCAAACACAUAAUUCCUCACACUUAUAAACAAAAAAAUCACAAUGACUCCACGACUAGCGAAGAGAAUCAAAAAGAAUCACGACUAUCUACCGUUAUGUUGAUUGUACAUAAAUGAAAGCUUAAAUACUGAAUCAAACUAAGAAACUCUGGUUGAAGAUGGUCCUGAUUGGAAGAAGAUUGAAUACAUGAUUAAAUGAUGUUAAUUAAGAGCGAGUACUGCAGUUUCUAUUUAGUGAAACGUCGUGACAACAAUUAUAUUUUAUAUAUUUUUUUUUUAUUGCAUACACAUCCCACACGAGAACACAUUUCUAUGAUAGGCUAUUUAUUUUGUUAACAGUUAUCUGCACUUUUCGUUAAGAUAUUUCCACACAUUUAGCAUAGAACUGACAAUUCAAAAUGAUGAAAUUGUACAUCCAAAGUGAAACAUUUUCAAUUCUCCCCAUCUUCUGUUGGAAAAACACAAAAUGAACGGAUAAUAUCUCUAGGAUAUUAUCGCAUGAGAAUCAUCACUACAUAUUACUCUUUAAGGUGGUCACAGAAGCCGUAGAUGAGCAAAAAGGGGUAGUACAUCUAAAAUAAUUAUUAUUAGACUUAAAACAACAGAUAUUUAUGUAAUUUUGUCUAUACGAAACUAUUAGAAAAAAAGAAAUCAAUAUAAAAUGCAGAUAGAGAGAAAGAGAAGGUGAAAAAUAUAAUGAGUAUAAAUGUACAUUGUUUAUAACAAAAGUAAUAAUAAUAACAAAAUAUUAUCCUAA